UUCGGGACAGUAGUAUUCUAUAAACCAUUUAACAGUAGUUUUUAAAGCAUAUUUCCUAUAGGAAUCUUUAUCCAGGGCAAAGGCAUUUGCGCUGCACCAAAGUCCCAGAUGCCUUGUUAGAAGGUAGCUCUCAAAAAGUAGCUCUUUAGAUCCUGUCUGCCAGCUGUAUCAGUGGGGAAUAAUCAGAUUCUUUUUUUAAGCUUUGAGGGGAUCUGGGAUAUGGCUUGUUUGUUUAAUUUUUGAAAGGUUUCACUUUGUUAGAUAUACAUAAGAUUUUAAAAAAUGUUUUCGGUCAAAUUGAAUUAUUUCUUUCUUCCUUACAGUGUAAGGCAAGCAUUGGUGGGCACCGAUCUUCCUGUUCAUUCUGCAAGAACCCAAGGGAAGUGACAGAGGCCAAGCAAGAAUUAAUAACCUACCCUCAGCCUCAGAAAACAUCCAUACCAGCACCAUUGGAAAAACAGCCCAACCAGCCCCUAAGAGCAGCUGAUAAGGAACCUGAACCCAGGAAGAGGGAAGAAGGACAAGAGUCACGCUUAGGACAUCAAAAGAGAGAAGCAGAAAGGUAUCUGCCUCCUUCUCGAAGGGAAGGGCCAACUUUCCGAAGAGACCGAGAGAAGGAGUCAUGGUCUGGAGAGACACGCCAGGACGGAGAGAGCAAAACCAUCAUGCUAAAGCGUAUCUAUCGUUCCACACCACCUGAGGUGAUAGUGGAAGUGCUGGAGCCCUAUGUCCGCCUUACUACUGCCAACGUCCGUAUCAUCAAGAACAGAACAGGCCCUAUGGGACAUACCUAUGGCUUUAUUGACCUCGACUCCCAUGCGGAAGCUCUUCGUGUGGUGAAGAUCUUACAGAACCUUGAUCCACCGUUUAGCAUUGAUGGGAAGAUGGUAGCUGUAAACCUGGCCACUGGAAAACGAAGAAAUGAUACUGGGGACCAUUCUGACCACAUGCAUUACUAUCAGGGUAAAAAAUAUUUCCGAGAUAGGAGGGGAGGUGGCAGAAAUUCAGACUGGUCUUCAGAUACAAAUCGACAGGGACAACAGUCAUCGUCUGACUGCUACAUAUAUGAUUCUGCUACUGGCUACUAUUAUGACCCCUUGGCAGGAACUUAUUAUGACCCCAAUACCCAGCAAGAAGUCUAUGUGCCCCAGGAUCCUGGAUUACUUGAGGAAGAAGAGAUCAAGGAAAAAAAACCCACCAGUCAAGGAAAGUCAAGUAGCAAGAAGGAAAUGUCUAAAAGAGAUGGCAAAGAGAAAAAAGACAGAGGAGUGACGAGGUUUCAGGAAAAUGCCAGUGAAGGGAAGGCCCCCGCAGAAGACGUCUUUAAGAAGCCCCUGCCUCCUACUGUGAAGAAGGAAGAGAGUCCCCCUCCACCUAAAGUGGUAAACCCACUGAUUGGCCUCUUGGGUGAAUAUGGAGGAGACAGUGACUAUGAGGAGGAAGAAGAGGAAGAACAGACCCCUCCCCCACAGCCCCGCAUAGCACAGCCCCAGAAGCGAGAGGAGCUCACCAAGAAGGAGAAUGAAGAAGACAAACUCACUGACUGGAAUAAACUGGCUUGUCUGCUCUGCAGAAGACAGUUUCCCAAUAAAGAAGUUCUGAUCAAACACCAGCAGCUGUCAGACCUGCACAAGCAAAACCUGGAAAUCCACCGGAAGAUAAAACAGUCUGAGCAGGAGCUAGCCUAUCUGGAAAGGAGAGAACGAGAGGGAAAGUUUAAAGAAAGAGGAAAUGAUCGCAGGGAAAAGCUCCAGUCUUUUGACUCUCCAGAAAGGAAACGGAUUAAAUACUCCAGGGAAUCUGACAGUGAUCGUAAACUUGUUGAUAAAGAAGAUACCGACACUAGCAGCAAAGGAGGCUGUGUCCAACAGGCUACUACUGGCUGGAGGAAAGGGGCAGGCCUGGGAUAUGGCCAUCCUGGAUUGGCUUCAUCAGAGGAGGCUGAAGGCCGGAUGAGGGUCCCCAGUGUUGGAGCCCCAGGAAGAACCAGCAAAAGACAGUCCAAUGAGACUUACCGAGAUGCUGUUCGAAGAGUCAUGUUUGCUCGGUAUAAAGAACUCGAUUAAGAAUGGAGACAAGUUCCAUGGGACACAACCUCCUCCUUGUUUUGUUUGUCUCUCCUUUUCUUUUGUUACUGUUCUUGCUGCUAGAACUUUUUUAAAUAAACUUUUUUUCAAUGUGA